CAGUGCAAAAGCUCGAGUUCAAGUCACCGGUUCGUCUUCGUCGAGAGGGAGCCGCGUAAAAUGACGCUCCUGAAUAAUUACGAUAAUUGGUCGACGCGUCCGCGAGAGCUCCUCGUACCGCGAUCAUGCGCCCUUUGAAUCGGUCGGCGAUCGGGCUCUGUUUGUUCGCGCUGUUUACCUGCUGCCCAGCCGCUGCCGUUCCUUCUUCUUCUUCUUCUUCCAAUUCGCUGUACUCGGCCAACGACAACGACGACAACUUUGUCUUCGCCUACGAGCAUCCGAGAAAUUGCCGCAGCAACGAGUACUUCGACGUGGCCAGCUUCGCCUGCGUCGAGUGCGACGAGCAAAAGAAUUUGGUGCCCUCCGAGACGGGUGCCUCGUGCGUUUGCAACAAGUACAGCGUAUACCUCGGCCAAGAGCUCGACUCGCCGAGAUGCGAGCCAUGUCCUCCUGGGACGCUGCUCACUUCCGACCGGAAGAGCUGCAUACCCUGCAGAAAAACAAUCACCACCACCAGCGUCGACGGCAACAACACCUGCAGCUGCGGACCCAACGAGAUCAAAGUCGAGAGGGACGCGAGCGGCGAACUGCUCAAGAGCCUCAGGUGCGUCCAGUGCUCCGAGAGCAGCUAUCCGUCGGCCAACGGCUACAAGUGCCUCGCCUGCCACAACUCGUCGGCGAGCGGUCACGCCAAUUGCGCCUGUCCGAUCGCGAGCCACCUCAGGAUACAGGACUACUGCUUCCGACGCAACCUCAUCGAUUUCAUGGACAUUCGCAACUCUUACCUCGUUCAGUUCGCCCGUGAGAGCGUCGACAGCUUUUACCUGCGGAAAGAGCUCCGACUCUCGGCCUACUUGUGCAAGGAGGGUGAGAAGACGGCGUGCCAGCGACUGUCGAACAUGUGCGCGCUGACCCUCUCGGACAAGAGCGUAGCCUGCAAGCUCGCCAAGGCACUGCAGUCGGACGAGCUCGUCUGGAUGUUCUACGAGGAGAGCGGCUAUCCCGUCGUGGCCAACAACAAAAUCAUCCCGCUCAAGUACACCCUCGACAAGGACGACGGCAACAAUCGGCUCAACUUCAGUCUGGUCGCGUUCGGCCUGGACGGCCGGCUGCGCUCCCUCGACACGCCCAAUCUCUUCUGCACCUUUCUCAACGACGUGCGCUUCGGCAUCAACGUCAACAAGCAGUGCCGCGUCUACGCCAAGGAGCUCACCGCUCGCGAGAUGCUCUUCUUCUCGCCCUAUCUGCUGUUCGCCGACAAGGCCAAGUCCUAUCUCGCUGCUCUGCCGCUUUUCACCAAGAACAAGCUGUGGCAGCCGUUGAAAAAAUUCUUCCUCGUCGACAGCUUGUCGAGCUACAGAGCCAUGCCGAGUUUAGUGGACGACACGUUCAAGCAGGAGGACGAGCUUUCCACUUUGCGCUACAUGAAGUCCUUGGAAGUUUUAAUUACCGUACAGAAUGACAAAGAGGGUGGGCACAUUUACUCGCCUCUGCUCGUCAUCGAGUACGGCGAGCUCGACAAGCAAGAAAUUCAAGACAAUAAGCAAAUCAAGGUGGAUUACAAAGUCAUUUUCAUCUUGACCAACAAAAAUGUUGAUAACUCCUUAGAGGUAGCGAUCGGAGUUCUCGCGGGACUGGCCGUCAUGUACUCGGCGCUCAAGGCUUGGGGCUACUGCAAGAGAAACCACAACGGCAUCCUCAAAGUCGGGGUCGUCGCUUGGUUCUUCAUCUAUUGCCUCGGUGCCAUCGGAAAUGUACUGCUCUUAGUCACGACUAGCGUUUGCGUUUACAUAUUUAUUUUUUACAAAGGCCAAACGGUGCUGCACAUAUUGUUGCCGGCGGAUAGCGUCGAGACGAAAAUUUACCUCUGCACAAUCAUUGCCUUUUGCUUCAAGUUGGUGGAAUUAGCGGCGCUAAUCUAUCGUCAUCGCAAUAUCAACGUCUUCUUCAUCGACUGGGAACAGCCGAGGGUCAUCGCGCAGGCGGCUAGUUACGAUUCGCCCCACACGUCCUUGAAAAAGCUCUACGACAGCAGAUUCGAGCCCGACGGAGCCUCCAAGAGGAGCAAGAAAAAGUCCGACGGUUCGAGCGCCGAGGAGAGUCCCAGGGAGGAAAAAAUUUCCGAUCGGCAGCUGCGAGAGGAGACGCCGCCCCCGGCCCCGUCGAGCGACAGAGUCCAGCAAUUGCCGGUCAGCAUAUGGAGGACCUACUUCGUCGCCAACGAGUGGUUCAAGAUUCAAACCAAGAGGAGAAUAAACAUAGCUCUGCAGAUCAUCUUUACGCUUUUCAUGCUCGAGAUCGUGGGUUUGAAGUACUGGACCCAGCCGACGCCCGAGCUGCAAACCGAUGAGAACGAAAAUUCCACCAACGAGAAAAAUUUCACCCUCAGAUACGGAGUUGGAGCCUUGGUCUACAUGUUUUGCUACACCGUCCAGUGGAUAAUUUCCAUCACUUUUUACGAGCGAUACGUGAAAAAUCGAAUGCAACAUUUCGUGGAUCUGUGCUCGGUCGCCAACGUGAGCAUGUUCAUUUUCGCUUACAACUACUACGGAUACUACAUACACGGAAGGUCCGUUCACGGAUACGCCGAUACCGACUUGGAAACUUUGAUCAACGACUUGAAAAAAGAAGAGAACAAUUUGUGCGCUCACAGAGGUUUGAUUCCUGGUUCAACUAAUCAAACCUUUAUCGUUUCAUUGUCUUCUGCUUUUCGAGAUAUUUAUCAAAAGCUCGUGGACCUCCAAAGCUUGGGUGAAAAACGAUUUUCAAGAAGGAAUAUUUUAGACUCGAUCAAUUGAAAAAAGUCUUCAAACUCAUCUGAAAAUAAAAAAAUUUUUAACAGCUUUUAUCGACCAUUGUUUCAAAGAUUUAGAUUAUGUUAUAAAAGAAAGACUGCUUUUAGAAAAACUUUGUGAUAUUGAAAUUGGAAAAAAUGACGAUCAAUCGACGUUUUACACAGAUAAUAGCAAUAUGUUUGAUCGAGUUAUAUUUUACGGCAACGAAUGGACAUUAGGAACAUUUGAAAUUGCUCUCUUCAUCUUUGUACAGG